AUGUCUGAAAUUAGCGAGAGAGGCUCACCAAGUUCGAAGCGUGUCAGAUUUCUUGAUGAUUCGUCAAAUUUUAUCGACCCUUUUAACAAUCCUUUUCUAGAAGAAUCUGAGAAUUCGGGUAUAGAAAAGUUGAAGAAAGAUCUUCAAAGACUGGAGAGAGAACGUGACGAAAAGAAAUUACUAUUUGACAAUUUGAAGAAAUCUCAUAGUUUGCGUGAUAUCAUUGAUAAAGAAAACGUUGAUGAAAAUGUGACGAUGACUCAGGAUGAAUUCCAAGAGCAUAUGAUUCAAGAUAUGAUACAAGCUAGCAAGGAACGUGAAUAUGAAGAAAUUUUGAAUGCUUAUCGAUUAACUGGCAUAACAAUCUUCUCGGUAAAAGGAAAUCGUACUGGAAUCAGAUUCGAGACAUUCUAUAGAGCCAAAUACCGUGAACCUUAUUAUAUCAUUUUGGAACAAGAUCAAGAGAACGAUCAAUUAAGCGUUUUCAGACAUACGAUACCACAUUUCAUUCCCAUUGACGAGCUGGAAGCUACUUAUCUGAAUAAGGAUCUGAGAAAAUUUGCUAAUAUUAUUGGUGAAAACUUACAAGCGUUCGUGACGAGGCGUGAAGAAUUAAACACUUUAUUGGAAAGUGGAAAAGCCAUAGAGCCCAAAGCUAACCACGCUUAUAGCGUUAUCGAAUUCACGAUUCCUUUAAAGGAUAGUACUGCUCUUGUGGAGGCUAGCUUGACAUACGAUGACUUGAAAUCCUCGAAUCCUACAAAUGCCGUAAUAUUUCUGACUAAAGAAGACCCCGAGAGUUCCGAGAAGCGGCGUCAAAGAUUACAAAGACGUGAACAAGAAUUCUUACAACGAAAUUUAGUGGAAGCAUUCGACAUUGUCUUUGGGGAGGCCGAGGAAAUCGAUAUGUAA